GACAGCAGUAGUAACGUUUCUUCGGUAUAUAUAAUCAAUCAAUCGUGUACUGUUUCUUCAUCAUCGGCGGGAGGUCAUUCGAGCUUUAUUCUUCCGAAACAUCAUCAAUCUCCGAUUUACGACAAUGGUGGGCGAAGAGAAACGGCAUCAGAUGAUGCAGAAUCUGUUCGGUGAUCAAUCGGAAGAAGAAGAAGAGGAGGAGGAGGAAGAAGAGGUUGAAUCGGAGCACGAAUCCAACCGACAACCCGAUUAUGCAUCCGAUGAAGGGGAUGUCGGGGCGAAGCCUGAAGGCGAAGAAGUGGUAGAAGGUCAAGGUGAAGCAGAGGCUGGUAGUGAAACAGACGGUGAAUUACAUGAAAUGGAUCAAGAACCCAUGGAGAGUGAAGGUGAAAGAGAUCAAAGCUCUCAAGAAGUAGAUCUCGAAAUUCAACGAGAUGAAAGUGAAGGAAAAGAUUCCGCAAGCGACCAAAUUGGUCAAAGAGGCGUGACAAGCAGGCGCCGAGAAGUUGUCGAGAGUGAAUCUGAACGAUCGGAGGAAAAUCAAUAUAUGGAUCACGCAGAUGAAGAAAUCGAUCAACCUAGAAGUCCAAGGUCACCUGAUGAAGAGAAAGAUGAAGCUCACAUAUCAGAGACAGCUCCCGAGCUCCGUGAUGUAUUUGGCGAAUCAGAUGACGAAGAACCAGCAGAAUACGAAGCUGUUCAGAAUAAUCUAGAUGACGAUGCAAAUAGAUCUCCUAUGGAGGAUGAAGGUUAUGAGAAGGAUCUUAGGCCAGAGGAUAUGUUAGCCGAUGAAGAGGGUCGGUAUGAUUCUGAAGAGGAUAAUGUUGUUAAAGCUAAGGAGAAACCAGUGGGACCCCCUCUGGAGUUAGGGAUACCGCUGCGACCCCCUCCCUCACAUCCUGAAAAGAUGAACAUGAUUAAAGUUUCUAAUAUUAUGGGAAUUGAUCCUAAACCGUUUGAUCCAAAGACAUAUGUUGAAGAAGAUGCAUUUGUUGCUGAUGAAUCAGGGCAUAGCAAACGUAUUCGUUUGGAAAACAAUAUUGUUCGUUACAGGGCUGUUAGAAAUCCCGAUGGAACAACAUCUUAUGAAAGCAAUGCACGUUUUGUGAGAUGGUCGGAUGGCAGCUUACAGUUGCAAAUUGGAAAUGAAGUUCUUGAUAUUUCAGUGCAGGAUGCACAACAUGAUCAAGCUCAUCUUUUCCUUAGACAUGAAAAGGGUAUACUUCAGUCACAGGGGAGAGUCUUGAAAAAGAUGAGAUUCAUGCCUUCGUCUUUAACAUCCAAUUCUCAUAGAUUGUUGACCGCACUUGUUGACUCAAGGCAUAAAAAGGUAUUCAGGGUCAAAAAAACCGUCACUGACAUCGACCCCGAGAGGGAGAAGGAGCAGAAGGAGAAGGCUGAAAGUCAAACAAUUAGGGCUAAUGAACUUCUUAGUAAGAAAAAGGAAAAGGUGAACCGCAAGUAUACACAAACUGUGCGUAGGGAGCGCCAACUUUCACCUGGUUUCUUGGAGGAUGCACUCGAUGAGGAUGAUGAACAAGAUUAUUAUGAUAAUCGGCGUCGACGCCGCUUUGAAGAAGAUCUGGAAAUGGAAGCUCGGGCCGAAAAGCGUAUUAUCAAUGCAAAGAAGUCUCAAGGACACAAAGAUACUUCACGAGGCAAAUCAUCCUUGCAUUCCAUGAAAUCAUCUAGACGCCCGAUUGAUGAUUAUGAAAGUGAAAGGGAAGAAUCUGAGUAUGAAACCGAGGGUGAAGAAGAUGAGCGGUCUCCGCCACGUAGGCGUGCUGAUGUGGCAGACCGUUAUGACGAUGACGAGGAGGAAGAUCAGUAUGAGGAGGCUUUGGCUGAUGAAGCAUCAGAAGAAGAAACAGAGUUGAAGCAUAAGGCUUCAGGAAGCAGUCUCAAGCGCCAUGAGAUAGAAUCAGACGAAGAGUCUCCUCCAAGAAAGGCUGCUGCAUCUCAUCGCCGAAAGGCACUUGUUUAUGAUAGUGAUGAAGAAUAAAAUAUACGCGAGAGUUGAUGUGGAUUCUUCAUAGAACUGCAAACCUAUCAGAACAAUGCAAUGAAGACCACAACUGAUCAACAAUGAAACUAACUGCGCAUAUUCUCUUUCUGUUUCUGCUCGUAGCAAUCGUAUUUGCCUGAACAUCAACAUAUUUUAAGUUACAAAUCACAUAGCAGUUUUCUGAAGUUUUUCUGUAGCAUCCAUCAUAUGGACAAGUUAUGUACUUUCUUUUUCUAUAUAUGAUCUUUUCAUAAUUUUCUUCA